UCCGACACAUACUUCAGUUCAGUUGGAACCAACAUCCGAUAUACCCAGACCUCGAUCUCUCUCUCUCCAGAAAAUAAAAACAGUAAAAAAGGAUAAUUCCCAGCCGAACCGAAAAGCACAGAACGGAAACCCCUCAGCAGCAGCAGAAAAGAUGCCUAUCCUUCGCCGAAGCAACAUACAGCAGCCAACUGGACCCGGUCAGGAGGAGCAAGACGGAUCAGGCGACACGGCCCGCACCGAGCGGUCCAGCUCCACUUCCCCGUCGCUCUGGUCGCUUCAUCGCCGCCACCAGAGUGGCGACCAUAGGGCCUUGCGCCCCAUUGUGCCGCCGGAUGAGCCCACCAUGGAAGACUACUUCCACCAGAUGGCCGACCAAUACAAGACCACCAGCGCCAGCAAACGCGUGAAGAUCGGACUCUUUUUGGCCUACAUCCUGGUGCCCAGCAUCAUGAAGCUGAACACGCACAUAGAGUUCAACGAGCAGUGGCAGCAGAUACAAAUAUUUAAGUUCCUAAAGUUCCGGCGCCUGACCCUGACCUUUGCGGGCAACGUGUGUGUGGCCCUGAUCAGUUCCAUCCUUAAUGCAAUAGUAGCAUUCUACUGCGUGCUCAGCACUGCGCGUCCGAAUCGCAACAACCUUGUGGUGCCCAGGGCUGAUGGAUCAUUGGUGAAGAUGCCCGUUAAUCUUAAUGCAAUGUGGAUCGGUAUUUUGCCCUAUGUGAUAAGCUUGCUGGUCGGAUUUGGCCGUUUCGCAAAGGAGACUUGGGUGGCCUAUAAAGACCAUGUGUUCACCAUGGCCGACACCUUCAACACGCUGCGCGUUCUGAUCUACUUAAUCCACGCCAUACAGCUCUUGUUCACAAUCGAGCUAAUGCUUUUGAUGGUCCAGGGGCUAUUUGGGUUCGUUCAAGCCGUUCGCAUCUACAUAUUGACCGUCGGAAAAGAUUAUACCCACGUGGAGCAGUUCAACUGGCGCAAGCAGAAGAACAGGCUGUGGUUUAUCCCAACCUUAGCAACAAAGAGCAUGUACCACACCCUCAAAAAUCGCAUCUUAGGAUAUUUGCCGCCUGAACAAGAUUAAAAUCAAGACACAACACAACAUCAAGAUCUGCCAGCUUGCCAAUUCAAUCACACUCCAUCGAAUGUCAGAUCAUAAUCGAUGGAUUCUUUGGCAUAUUAAACACGGCGAUAGAUAACAAUCAUUAUAUUAAUUCCAGGACAACAAAUUUACUCAAUGGAUAUUGAUAAAUUUUUUUUCCCUACAACCAUUACAAAUAAUAUUUCAAAAUUAUGUGCGUCAAAUUGCAAUGAAAUUGUACAAAUUACAUAAUGGCUUGCAACGUUAUUAUAAAGGCUAUUCCCACA